AUGGCCUUCAACCCAUACACCCAAAACAUCACCAUCAUCGGCCCCCCAGACUAUCCCCCGAUCCUCAUCCCCAUCACCCUAAUCGACACCUUCAACGACGAAACCGUCAGCAUCGUCAUCAACUACGGCGCCCAGCUCGGUGCCUCCCUCACCAUGCUCCUCGUCAUCCUCCUCACCACCCCGUCGUCAAAAUUCCUCCGCGCAUCCUGCCUCCUGCACGUCCUCGCCCUCAUCGUCUGCGCCGUCCGCACCGUCUUCCUCGCAUUCUACUUCCUCUCGCCCUUUUCGCACUUUUACCAAGUCUGGAGCGGCGACUACUCCCAGAUCCCUGCGUGGAACUACCGCACCAGCAUCGCCGGAACAAUCCUCUCGAUGUUUCUCGCUGUGAUUGCCGAGGGGGCGCUCAUGUAUCAGGCUUGGACCAUGGUCUCGCUCUUUGCGAACAAGGCGAAAUACGCAAUCUUCUUCUUGUCUCUGCUCAUUAUCCUCAUCACCACCGCCUUCAGAGUCGCCUUUACCGUGGUUCAAUGCGAGAGUAUCCUCAGCUUGGAGUCGUCCCAAAAGUACGCCUGGCUGUUCAAGACGGCGCUCAUCUUCAACACCUGCUCGAUGGCUUGGUUCUGCGCCUUGUUCAACUCCAAGAUCGUCCAUCACUUGAUCAGCAACCGCGGCGUGCUUCCCUCUCGCCGGGCUAUGACCCCGAUGGAGGUGCUCAUCAUGGCCAAUGGAAUCCUCAUGUUUAUCCCUUUCAUCUUUGCCAUCCUCGAAUGGUGCCACUUCAUCAACUUCGAAGCCGGAUCCCUCACACCCACCUCCAUCGCAAUCGUUCUCCCCCUCGCCUCCAUCGCCGCACAGCGCAUAUCUCAAGCCCCCUCAACUCCCUCCAGCGAACCCUCAUAUCCUUCAUCAUCCUACCAGGCCCAGUACAAGUCAACCCGCGACUCCUCCCGCACGCCCCUUAAGUCCGGCUCGCUCUUUUCAGCAAUCUCAAAGACCAGCUCCGCUACUCGAUCUCACGUCGCUGAUACCACCGUCCUGGCUCCCGUCCGCGAUGUCAUCGACCCAAUUGAUCUCGAGCUCAGACAGAUUGACGGAUAUGCACAGCCAAAGGAGAUUCACUCCAGGGCAGAGGCGGGUGAAAGCCAGUUGCACAAGUAG